AUGUUCGGUGGAGCUGCCGUCUCAUACUUCACGAAACAAAUCCUUCGUGGCACAAUGGCGAUCGCACACAACCAGCAGAUCCCCCACAACCACUUCCGCAAGGAUUGGCAGCGCCGGGUCCGGACGCACUUCGACCAGGCCGGCAAGAAGCACAGCCGCCGUGUCGCCCGUCAGGCCAAGGCCGCGAAGGUCGCUCCCCGUCCCACCGACUUGCUCCGCCCUGUCGUGAGAUGCCCUACCAUCAAGUACAACCGCAAGGUCCGUGCCGGCCGCGGUUUCACCCUGGACGAGCUUAAGGCCGCCGGUAUCCCCCGCCUUUACGCUCCCACCAUCGGUAUCGCCGUCGAUGGCCGCCGCAAGAACCUGAGCGAGGAGUCCCUGGCCGCCAACGUCGCCCGCCUCAAGGCCUACAAGGAGCGCCUCGUCGUCUUCCCCCGCCGCUCCAACAAGGUCAAGCAGGGCGACUCCAAGGUCGACCUCUCCAAGACCGAGACCGUCAAGUCCCUCUCCGCCGCCCUCCCCAUCGAGAAGGCCGCCUCCGGCUUCUCCGAGAUCUCCAAGUCCGACCUCCCCAAGCCCAUCGAGGGCGGUGCUUACCGCAAGCUCCGCGACACGAGAGCCGAGGCCCGCAACCUGGGCAAGAAGGAGAAGCGCGCUCGCGACGCGGCCGAGGCCGAGGCUGCCAAGAAAUAA